AAAACAUAACACAUUUUAUGUCAAAUAGUCUAAGGGUUAGCUGAUUACAAAAUAGAGGUCAAAAUGUUAUCUUAUCAGGCUCCAUUCAUGGUUUUGGUGGGAAUCGGCGGAAUUGAGCAAAAACAGCCCAAUUUCCUUGAUUACGGAGAGGAGAUAGUUUUAAGAAAUAUUUGAUAAACGUCCUGAUGAAACUGGAGCACCCCCUCAACUAGUCCAUAUCGGGUGAAAAGCCACCGAGCUUUGUGAAGGCGUCCACAGUAGCAUUUACAGCGAAAUUCGUGAAAAACUGGAUUAAAAUCCGUUUUUCUUACUUCAUUUGCACGUUAGGUUUAACGUUGGAAUUUUCGAACCGCAGACAACUUCACCACCAAAUAUUGAUUAAAAUUGAGGAAAAGGUCUGUUCUGAGCCCUCUAUAAGUGUCAGGGUCACUAAAAAAUUUCUGACCCGGGAAUGAUACACUUUGUACAUUAAUUUCGUGCGUAUUUUCUAUGGAGCUUUCUCUUUCGUGGCCAAUUUUGAAAUUUAACUGGCUUUUCAAUGAAAUAAGAAUAAAUUUGAAAAUCCUUAAAACCAAUCUAAUAUAGUCGUCUACUUUACUAUCACUUUUUAAGUUGAGACUAUGUACGUAUUAUUGCGAUUAACUGCCUGACAAACGAACAUAUGUGAAUAUUUGCAUCUUUUAGCCAUUCAAGCAUACAUACGAAUUUUUCUUAAAGUUAACUUGUUCUACUCAUAUGCAAAAAUCUUAGCAAAACCUAUAUCACAAUUUUGUAUAUUACUUGCAAACAAUGAGGACAAAUUAAUACAUUUUUACAAUGGAGGAAGAAAAUGUGAGAAAAAGCAAACGAAAAAUAGGUGCAAAAUCUAUGAAGGAUUCUAAAAAACAAGCAGGUAAAGUCCCUGAAAAGAUAAAGAAGCUGGGUAGGCGACCAGUUCGUGAGGAAAAUGAGCCCUGUCAUGUUUGCGGAGAGAAAGCGAGAUCUCACAAUUUUGGGGGGAUGUCCUGUAAUUGUUGCAAAUCUUUCUUUCGCCACUUUGUUCUCAAGAAUAUCAAUGAUGAUUUGUCUACUAACCAUUUUAAGGAUGAUUGCAAAUUUAAGGGAACCUGUAAAAUUGACAAAGUAACGAGAAAGAAGUGUAAAACGUGUCGUUUUUUCAAAUGCGUAAAAAUCGGUAUGGAUCCUGCCUGGGUAUUGGGCGAUUUUGCAAAGUUGCAAAAAUUAAAGAAUGCAAAAUUAAAUGCUGAACAAAGCGAAGAUUCGAAUGAGCAAGAACCAAUUAAAAGUUCAAAUGAGCAAAAACUCAGCGAAGAAGAUGGCAGAAAAAUCGAAAAUAUAUCAAAAUACUAUAAACUCGCGUGUGACGCAAUUUCGUACAAUUUUCCGUCUCGGGGGAGAAAUCAAGUUUUGAGCAUUAAUAAACUCCGUAUUUUACUAAUUGGUGUAAUUUCCACGGCAAUUCGGAGACUCGUAUACUUCGCAAGGAUGAUUCCAGAAUUUGAAAAACUUUCUUUACACGACCAAACAAACUUGUUGCGUGGGUCAGUCAUGCAAUUGUUCAUGCUGCGAGGUACCGUUACUUACGACUGUGUGAAGAAGUUGGUUAAUUCAGUGGAUGGAAAUUUUCCAGAUAAAUAUCCAGAAGUUUAUCUGGACGAAUGUGCUAGUUUAUGUCCUGAUGGGGUGUCUGAAAUGAUUGUCCGGGUCUACGAAAAAAUUCGAAGCCUUGCCCCCGACGAAGCAACGAUCAUGCUGCUCCUUCCCAUCGCUUUAUUCUCAGACUGCGGCAAUGACGGUUGUACGCAGUUUGAUGACCGACCCAGAAUUAAUGCAGCACAAGAAUACUAUGCCGGAUUGUUGGAAAAAUAUUUGAAAGUGGUAAAUGGAGAGGAAAAGGGGAAGCUCAUUUUUCCACAGCUCCUCUCUCAGUUAGCUAAUGUCACGCAAGUUAGUGAACUCCAUCAAGGUCUCCCUCUUAACAUGUCGGAAAAUCAGGUUGACAAAAUGCACCAGCAUUUACUACAACUUCAAAAGAAAGCAAAUACAAAUCCUUCACUGUCACGCGAAAAUUUAAAAUUAAUCAAAAAUAAAUCCAUUAUGCAUGAAGAACAGCGAAGUCGGAUUCAGAACGAAUGUUGCAACAAACCGGAAGUAGCGAUAAGCAACUUAGCAAAACUGCAAGCGAUCAAUAACUCUGGAUGUGAAGGAACUAUUGACGCUUGUCAUAAUUUUAUCCGUAGCUUUGUCAACCUAGGAGAAUGGGGGAUAAAGCCGGACCAUUUUCUUCAAGGGCCCCAUGUAGGCAUAGAGCGGGCCUUCAUGCGUCGAAUUCCGGAACUUUUAAUGAAUCCGUGGGACUCUUUGGUUAAUUAACCACAUAUGUACAUACGUAAAGCAGCGAGUAGCAUACAUACAUAAACAAGGAUGCAAUUAAAGUAAGUGUGGAUCGUUAUGUGCAUGCUGAUACAUAUAUAAAUUUCUUGGUUUGCAUAUGAGACAAUUGGUAAGGAAUAGAUAUUUAUACAUAUUCAUAAAUACAAAUAUGUACCCACUUUUGAAAUUCUCUCAUCAAAAAGAACAUUAUUGAAUAAAUGAAAGCAAUACAUA